UGAAACUAUAUUAACUUUGUCAGAUUAUUAAGACUAUUAUCCUUUAUGUGCGGUAGUAUGGUGUGAUAUCUGUUUGUAUUCUGUGGUAAUCAAUUAAAAACUUGUUACUUUUUCCAAAUAAAUUAAUAUUUUUUAAUAUCAGAUGUGACUGAUCUGAUGCAAAAACUAUUCUAGGAUGGAUGAGGAUUCUAUUGAUAAAUUUACCAGUCCAUGUAUGAAUGUUUUAUCUAUUAAUUAAUUAGCUCAUAAGUUUUAAAAAUUAAUUUAAGAGAUCUAUUUUACAGGGCCAAGUGAUUGUUUUGAUCUUUGUUUCCAUAGUAUUUGUUUUGCAAUACUGAAUCUAAUAGUAUUUUAAUAAAUGAUACCUGUACUAACUUUUAGUAAAAACAAAAAAUUAAUGACUGGCCCUACCAUAUUUUUUAAUACUAUAAUACUGAUGCAAUUGUCCGAACAACAAGCUUACAAUUGUUUGGAAGAAGAGGGGUUUUAGACUUUGAAGUCAACCAUUAUGUAUAAAUUAAAAACCCUAUAACGAGAGAAUACACUAAUAAUGUGGAGAUAAGCUAUGACAACAUUUUUAGGCUGGUUAUACUGCAAGAUUAAAUGUAAAGAAUUUUUUGAAAAAAUUGCAAAUUUCAGAGUUAAUCUACUGUAACUCAAAAAGUACUACGUACAGCCAUUAUUAACAUUAUCAAAUUCAGUACUUAUUGAAAAGUUCAAAAAAAUCACUUCGGCCGUAAACUAGCUGACUUGUUCGUUUUUUAAUUCCUUGUAUCAUUAAUUUGCAUUUAUUUAAUGGUAUUGUGUUAAGAUUUAAAACAUCCUAGUGACUUUUUUAAAAUUUAAUUACCAUAAGAAAUAAGAGAGUAUCAAAUAUAAAUAAUGGUAUUAGUUGAAUCAUAUUAUUUAUAAAAUAUUUAUUACAUAGAAGAUAAUGUUUUAGUUUAACAAUGAUUGGGUUCAGCUCACACAAUAAACAUCUACAGUAUCUACAUUAAAAAAAAAAAAAAAUGGGACAUACUUCAGGGAGUGCCUAAUUUGUUGAACUAGGACCACAGACUAAUUUGAUGUUACUUUGAUGGUAAUUUUAUUUCAUGUGCUUCUGUUAAAAAUUGCAAUCGUUAUUAAUUUAUAACUCAAUUCAGUAUUUUGUUGACUUGUGGCGAUACUUCAACAAAUAUGUUUAAAAUCCGUAAAUCGUUACUAGAAAUUAUAAAAUUUUGUAUUCGUGAUAAGUUUUACCAUAUUUAAAUUGAGUGUUAGUUUCAUGUGUCUAAAUUAAAAAUUGAAUUCUUUAAAAACAGUUAAGUAUUUUGUUAAAAGUGGUAGCCGUUUAGCAAAUCUGAUGAAUCUGCUCUCAAAUCCGUAAAACUACUAGAAAUUAUGAAGUUUUGUAUACGUGAUAAAUUAUCCUGUUCUUAAAUAACCUACUAAUAAUUAAUGAAAUUAUUUUGAGUACUAGUACAGUACUACCUACUAUUGAGAUAAAGUAGUCUGUGACCUCAGUUUAGUAGUUCAGAAAAUUAGACCGAUCCUAUACUUCAUUUCAAAGUUACAGGAGAAUGAUUACCAACAUUUUUCAAUAAAAAUUGUUAGUCCUUAUCAUUAUCAAAACAUUUCAUUUUUUUAUUUUCAAAAUAAGCGGUUUUUAAUGCUUUAUCUAUUGGUAAAAUAAGAAUGUACUUUUCAUACCAUAUUACUGUUGAGGUUUUUGUACAUAGACCUUGAAAAAUUACAGUUUUGAAAUAGUUAAUCCAAAUUGUAUUUAAAAAUAGUUUAAAAUUGUCAACUUUCUUUUCUUAAUCAUAAGUGAUUCUUGAUUAACUAGUUAAUUAUUAUAGUAUUAUGACUUCUACUAUUGAAAUACAAUUAUAAAAUACCGCAAAUACAUAUGAGAUUUAUUUUUUGCACAUAUUAUUAAGGUUUAUGCAAAAAACCAUCAAAACUAAGUUGGUAUAAAUUGAAAAUUAAAUAAAUUUAAAAAAAAAAUUCAAAUCAUUUUUAUUACACAAAUGAUUAUUAUAUAAAACCAAACUUCUUGAAGUUUCUUUCCAUAACUUCCAAAUAAAAUUUGUCUGAAAUCUGUUUUGUGUUCAUAUAUUCGUAUUAUACCUAUCUCUCUGAUAGUUUUUUUUUUUAUUAAUACAUUUACAAUCUGUUCAAUGAAUACAGUAAGCUAAUAGGAAUAAAGAAAUGAGAUAUGGAAAAUUAUGAUUAUGGAAACUAUUCAGUGAUAGGACCCAAGUUAAUUAUUUAAUCAAUUAGCUUGUAAGUUAUAACUUUCUAUAUGUAUUAUUCUAUUAAUUUUUAAUUUAAUAUAAUUUUAGCUGUAUAUGACAAUGAUGGUAAUGAAAAGACACCAUUGUAUGCUAAAAAUGACAAUGAGAAAGCUACACUUAAGUUAAUUAUAAGUUUUUGUAUGGUAUUUUGUAUUGGAAUAUUGAUUAUGUUAUUGAUCCACGUACAUUAUGGAUCUCCUCAGGUAUGUUAAUUUAAAUUGGUAAAUAUAAAAACUAAAAUUAAAUUAAACUUUAUAGUUAGUACCUCAUGGAAAUGUAGCUAGUGAUAAUGCUCAAUGCUCUCAAUAUGGAAUUGAUAUUCUUAAAAUGGGCGGUAAUGCAGUAGAUGCUGCAAUUACCACUGCAUUUUGUAACUCUGUAGCAUUCCUUCAUCUUUCUGGGUUGGGAGGGUAAGUUAUGAAUACAAAUUAAUAUUAGGUACUUACCUAUACAAUAAUUUUAAAACUAAUUCCACUUUUGAUACAGAAAUGGUGUUAUGACAAUAUAUGAUCAUCGAACUGGUGUAGGAAAUAUAAUUGAUUUUAGAGCUACAUACAGUUCACAUUUUAGUAUUGGAAUACCAGGUUUUGUGGCUGGAUUAUUUUAUUCUCAUGAAAAAUAUGGACUUCUCCCUUGGAAAACACUAGUAGAACCUUCUAUUACUCUAGCAAAGUGAAAAAUUCCUCUUACAUUCCUUAUUUAACUUGUUUUAAUAUACAUAAAUAUGUUAUUGUUUACAAUUUUAUAGGACUGGUAUAACAGUAACAAAAAGUUUGACUGAAGCAAUUAAUCAGAAUUCUAUUAAAUCAGUUCGCGAUGAAAAUCUUAGAAAUUGGUUGGAUUUAGUAUCAACUACUAUACCUGGUUACAAAGUUGUAGCACCAGAUGGUCUUAUAAACAGUCUUUCAUUGAUAUCUUCUUAUGGAUCUAUUGGUAUAUGGUAUAUUAUAAUUAAAAGUAUUUCAUUUAAAUAAAGCAUUGCCAUUUUUAAAUUUUAAAUGUAUAAUAUACUUACUACUGUACAUUUGUUUGGAUAAAUCAAGUAUAAAUAUUUUAUUAUUAUAAAAUAUUAAAAAUGGUUAUAAAUCUUGCUAACAAAAAUAAACGAUUAUACCUUUUUAAUGAUAUUUCAUAGUGGUAAUUUGUCAUUGUUUGUUGAUCUGUUUUGUAAUAAUAUUAUGUUAAGAAUUUGUUUUUCAUGCAAAACCAUUUUUAAUAAUAAAUAAAUAUUCCAAUUGAAUCAGCCAUUUUAAAUUACUGUAAAUUUGUCAUCAUUGAGUAUCUAUAAAAAAAACCUCCAAGAUUCACUAAACUUUCUCUACAACAAUGUAUUAAUUAUUUAUACAUACAAAUUUUUACUAAAUAACAAUUUGUAUGCAUAGGACAUAAUGUGACAUAAUUUAUUGGUAUCGUAUUUUAUAUUUAGAAUUUUAUAAGAAAAUGUCUGAAGAAUUGAUACACGUUUUAAAACCAAAUGAUGUAACUAGUUACAAACCUCUAAUUUUGCCAGUAUUAAAACAACAUUUUAUGAACUAUACUGUUAUAACAUCAAAUGAAGGCACUGGUGGACCAAUUUUAAUGGACAUACUAAAACAAAUUAAUAAUACAUCUGAUGAUAUAUCGCUAGUAAAUUGUUUUAAAGGUAAACCAGUUAGAAAGUAUAAUUUAGUUUAUUUUAAUACUUUGUAAUUUGUAUAGAUUUAAAUGAUGAUUGGUAUGAAAAUUCAGGAUUGCAAAUUUCAACUACAGAUGUUUUUGAUCGUUAUGUAACUGUUAUAAGGUAUACAAACUUCAUUUUUAUUCUGGCUUAAUGUUUGAUUUAUAUUAAUAUUUUUGUUUAUAUAUAUAGCAGUCUUGGUUCUGUUUUUGGAUCCCAUAUUUUAACUAACUCUGGUUAUAUACUGAACAAUGUUUUGGAUUUGUGUCAUAACCAUGAUGAGAGUAAUCAAAAUAAUCGAGUAUCUUCUUUGUAUUUACCACUUAUUGUUGUAGAAAGUGAAAAAAUAUGUGGAAGAAGAUUAAUCUCAGGUUCUGCUGAUGUACGUGAUGGUGCUCAGAUACUUAUGUCAAUGUUGACAACUGAUCCACAAGACAUUUUAUCUAUAAAUACUAUACCUCGUUUUCGUAUUAAACUUAAUGAUAUUGCAAUUGAAUAUCCACAAAAUUUUUCUAAAAAAACUAAAGAAUUAUUUGAACGUUCCGGAUAUAAUAUAUCUAUAGCUACAUUACCUUAUCCUACUUCUAAUGUAGUUCAAAAAGUGGAAGAUAAAUCUGUAGCUUUUUCAGAUUCUCGUGGAUCUGGACAGUCAAUAACUAUAUAAAAAAAGGUGGGAUAGGUACAUAAAGUUAUUUAAUUUAUGCUUGUAACCAAUGGUAAACCAUUGGUAACAAAAAACGAUUUGGAACGAAAUUUAGUUAUAUACAUGUUUUGAAAGGCAAUAAUAUAUAUGUUUUUCAUCAAAAUUUGAUAUUAAAAUUCUUUUAUCAAAACAAAUACUACAUUAAGCUCAAAUUUUAUUUUUGACUACAAUGUACGACUUAUAACGAAUAUCUUGUUAAAUUGUCAAGUAUUUCUGUUUAGUCUUAACAAUUUUAUUCAAAGAAUACCUAGUGAAUAAAAAUCAUGUAAAAGACCUACAAAAUUAAAAUAGAAAAUGUAAUAGUAAAUGUAAUUUUUUUGUCAAAAUUUUAAGUCUAUGAAUAUUUUUAACUAAAUUACAAUUAAGAAACACAAUUUAAAUAAUUAAAUAAAUUUUUUUUCGGUUUUGCUCAAUUAUUAAAAAGCGCAGCGAUGAAUUUAUUGGUUUUACUAUAGUGUUUAUUUUUUGUCAAGAACUUUUCCAUCAGAAAUCUUGCUCCGGUGUGUAGAGUGCAGCAACUUUUCUGAAAAGUAAUUUUUUUAAAUUGAUGCAUUGCGAAGGUCAUUUAUUGAUUUAUUAACGGGUUUUCAAAAUAAUUUGGAAACCCUUAAAAGAAAAUUACAGGUAAAACGGCAAAUAUUUACAACGCGCCGUGCCGUAAAAAAAAUUUAAAUUACGUACACGUUUACUAUUAAGUAUAAUAUGUUGUUAUAUUUUAAUUAUCAAUUAUGCAUCAUUUCUGACAAAUUAAUUAGUUUUGAUUGUUUUCUUUAAGCUAAUUAUUCAAACAAUGGAUGGAGUUUUCUCUUGAUCACUUUCGAUGUUUCAUAAAUGUACCUCCAUAAUGACGUUUUCAUUAUUAUUAAAAUAAUAUUUUAUUUGUGUUACAAUAUUAUUAGAUUCUAUAAAUAGAAGUAUUUGUGUUUUCUACAAAAUUAUUAAUUGAAAUAUUGUUAACUCUGGUACUACGGUAGUCUAUAAUAAAAUACAAUAUUUUAUAUAUUUAUUAAUGCCUCAACCCAAAAUUAUACAUGACAUAUAACGUUAUCAGUCAAUUUUAUAGUUAACAAGAUAAAUGUAUAUUUACCUGCAUGUAUUUUAAUUAACUGUAGAUUAAUUAGCGUUAAAAUUGAGACAAUUUUUUUUUCUUCUACAAUUCUAAAAUUAUAAGUUUAACUACAAAUAUUUACUGCGUGCCACAGCGUUAUCGUUUUCAUUGAUUUUACUAUGUUAACAUGAGGUUUUAUAUCUGAAAUACGGCCCCAAUCGAAAAUAACAAGAAAUUGAAAUUGUUCUUUAAUAUUUCAUUAAUAACAGAGUAGGCCGUUUUUCGAUACCAAAGUAUUUUUCAUAAUUAGGAAAACCCAAAAAAAUCGAAAUAUACGAAUUCAAGUAAAUACGAUUUCAUUGUUUUAAAUUUGUACGUCUUAUGUUUUCUACCAUAAAUAUUGCUUCAAUUGAAAAACAAGAGAUUUUUUUUUUUGUUUAAUUCUGUGACCAAAGAAGUCUAUUGAUUUUUUUUGUAGUUUUUUCAAUAACUGAGCAAAAGCCGAAAAAUAUGUAGAAAGACUGGGCAAAUUUAAGAAAAUGAUUCUUUUAUUAUAUAAAAUUUUGUUUUUUAAUGUAAAUCAGUUAAAAAUAUUCGUAGAGAUUUGAAAUUUCGAUUAAAACAUAUUUACAUUUUAUAGACUUAGUAACCUUUUAAAAGCAUUGAAUCUAUUGUUGAGCUAUUUAUAGACAUUUCAAUUUUGUGAGGUUUUACGUAAUUUUUAUUUUGUAGGUUCUCGUAGAUAAAAAUGUUUAACCAAAUAGAAAUGCUUGACAAUUUAACUAGAGGUUUUUGACGAAAAUCAUAAAUUGUACGGCCAUCAAAACAUGUAUAACCGAACUUCGCACAGAAUCGUUUUAAUAGCAUUGGUUUAUCGUCGGUUAUAUAUAUAAUUAAUAACUUAAUGUAUCCUACCUUCCUAACUACUCACCUACAGCAGUGGCCGCAACCGUCUCCAGUAUCAAUUUUAUUUAAGUAUAAUUCUAUUUUUCUUAUAUUGUAUGUAAAGAGAGACCAAUAAUUUAAAGUUUAAAUUUGAAUGAAAAUGCAAAAAUAUUUAUCGUCUUAAGAGUUCCACUUAAAUAUAAAUUUGAGAGGUACGCUGAAUAGCAAGUUGAUGUACGUAGCUCCCCCACCCAAUUUGAGCACUGGGAAACUAUUAAUACACUCUAGGGAGAGAAAAUACUGGAUGGCUGCAAUAUGACGGCCUUAUGCUCUUAUCAAAUAUUUCAUAAUACUGAUAAAUGUUUUUGAUGAUAAGGGUAUAAGGCCGCCAUCUUACAGCUAUUCAGCGUUUUCUCUCUAUUAUUUGCACAUUUUUUCAAAAUUUAAUUUAAAUUUGUAUUUUUCAAUUUGGAAAGUAGAUUGGUUUGAUAUUAUUGAAUUAUUUAAUUAUGAUAUAAAUACGAAUAUAAAAAUAUAGAAUAUCAUUUUAUAAAAAGUUUACCUAUCUAAUAUUAUUUAUGUUUACCUUUAAUAACAUAAUAUAUUGUAUUUAAUCAAUAAAUUAAUUAAUACUCGUACAAUAAUACAUUUUAUUAAAUGCCUAAAAUGUCGUGUUUAAUUUCAAAAUCGAUUAAAUUAUGGUUUGAAAAUCAAAAAGUUUGUAACAUCUCUACUAAAAAUACACAAUGAAGAUAGCUUAUUGCAUAAGCAUCAGUCAAUUUUAAAAGAAAAACAAUUUACUUACGACGACAAGUUUAAAAUCGUAAAAUUGUAAAAAAAUGUAGUGGUGAUAAUGGUUGUAUGAUAACGUAAUAGUGUGCCAUCUUGCAGCUGUUCAGAUUUUCUAUCUAGACAACGUUUCUACGCCUUUUUUCACCCCUUAACCUCACUACUGGGCAUUUAUUUUUCCAGGAGAGUCCGGACAUUUACAGUGUUUCAUAUUCCGGAUUUUUACAGUCCGCCGUUUUCUUGUCCGUAAAUUUACAUUUCGGAAUUUUGCAGUUCGUACGAUUAAUUUCCGGGAUUUUCUCACCGUUCAACUCGUCAUAUAUUUUCACAUAAGAUAAAUAAGAAUUUACAAAAUAAGUAAAACGAAAAAUUUGAGAAUAUUGUAAUAUUUGAAAUAUUUGUUGUAAUAGGCACAUCAAAUUAGAUGAAAUCCAUUGUACACGUGCUAAUUUACAAUCACAAUAACACAAAUAUCAAAUAUAAUAAUUUUAACUUUUUCCAUGAACCCCCUAAUACCUUCUUGCGGACCCCCAGUUAAGAAACGCUGCAGUCUAGAUGCUUGUUUAUUUACUACCUAUAUAUAUUGUUUAUGACGGAUUGUAUUUAGUACUUUUUUUUUUUAUUGGAGAUGUACUAUUUUAUUUGUAUACAUUGGUUCCAUAAUAAAAAUGAAUAAUUGGUUUUCCAAGUGCUAGAUUUUUUAUUUUUAGAUGUUUGGAUUGUUCGUAAUAAAACAAAUUAAAAAAUGUUCAAAUCACGACCUUUUACGCAGUCACAUCUGUAAAAAACUACCACCAUAAACAAUUACACUAUUAUUUUACAAUAAUUAAAAAGUAAUUUUUACUUUUGUAAUCAGUAUUUAUUUCAGGAGGUGACCGGGAAGGUGUAUUAAUACCCUCCCUGUAGACAAAUUCUUUAAAUUACUACGUAAACUACCUGUGAUAUAAAUUAAAGGAUGAUUAUAAGUCAUCUUGUUGACAAUAACAUGAAACAGAUAUUUUGUUUUAUAAAUUAUUUUAACGAACUACUAUCAAUGACGUCAUCAUUGAGCGUAUUUUCUAAUUUUUUGGCCCAGAUGUAAAAAUUCCUAUAUCUGGCUCUAUCUUUAACAUACCUAUCCCCUUAGAAAUCCUCACGGGGAUGAAAGUCUGAAAUAAAUACUGUUAGUGACGAUUGCAACUACUUUUGUUUUGUGCAUGGGUG